UGUUUUUCAGAUCUGGGAUUUAGAUCGGGGGGAAAUCAACCAAGACAUGGUUAGGCAGUCGGCAUAGACUACUUUGAGUCAUUUUAUACGUAAACAUCAUUUUUAAGCAAACACAAAAUGCUUUAAAUGUAAGUCCUCCUUUUGGGGAUCGAGUUUCUUCUCGCAUUACCAUCAUAGAGAAGAGAGUGUGAGAUCUAGAUCUAUACAUCUCCCUCUCUCCGAUCUUGUUCAUAUCCCAUACAUACUUCUUCAUAUAUGUGAAGAUGAUGGUGAAACCACAGAUUUACAAAUGGCUGGUGCUAGCAUUGUUCGUGAUUUGCAGUGUAAUGGGAGCAGUCACAUCCGAUGCUUCAAAUCACAAAUACAAAAAUGGAGACGUUGUUCCUCUCUACGCCAACAAGGUUGGCCCUUUCCAGAAUCCAAGUGAAACAUACCGCUAUUUUGAUCUACCCUUCUGCUUACCAGGUGAUUUGAAAGAGAAAAAGGAAGCACUUGGAGAAGUCUUAAAUGGAGACCGAUUAGUUAGUGCUCCAUACAAACUCGAUUUCUUAGUUGACAAAGACUCUGAAUUCAUUUGCACUAAAAAACUAACAAAACAAGAAGUCAACAAAUUCCGUAAAGCCAUUUCAAAAGACUACUACUUCCAAAUGUACUUUGAUGACUUGCCAUUAUGGGGUUUCAUUGGGAAAUAUGAAAAAACCGAGUUAAAUGAGCUAAAAUACUACCUCUUUAAGCAUCUACAGUUUGAGGUGCUUUACAACAAGGAUCAUGUUAUUGAGGUUAAUGUCAGAACUGACCCUAGUGCUCUUGUGGAUGUUACUGAAGACAAAGAAGUCAAUGUUGACUUUAUGUAUACAGUUCGAUGGAAGGAAACUAAUAUUCCUUUUGAUAAGAGAAUGGAGAAGUACUCACAAAAUUCUUCAUUGCCACAUCAUUUGGAAAUUCAUUGGUUUUCAAUCAUUAAUUCUUGUGUCACAGUGCUUCUUUUAACCGGUUUUCUUGCCACUAUUCUCAUGCGGGUUCUCAAGAAUGAUUUUGUCAAGUAUGCUCAUGAUGAGGAAACAGCUGAGGAUCAAGAAGAAACUGGAUGGAAAUACAUACAUGGUGAUGUCUUCAGAUACCCAAAAUUCAAAUCUUUAUUUGCUGCUGCCCUUGGUUCUGGCACCCAACUAUUUGCACUUACAAUCUUUAUCUUCAUACUUGCACUAGUUGGUGUGUUUUAUCCAUACAACAGAGGAGCUCUUUUCACUGCAUUGGUUGUCAUAUAUGCCCUCACAUCUGGAAUUGCUGGCUAUACAGCUUCCUCUUUCUAUUGUCAGCUUGAAGGAACAAAUUGGGUACGAAACUUGCUGUUGACUGGAAGUCUGUUUUGUGGGCCCCUUUUCCUAACCUUCUGCUUCCUGAACACGGUUGCAAUUGCAUACUCUGCCACUGCCGCCUUACCUUUCGGGACAAUUGUCGUAAUUGCCCUUAUAUGGGCCUUAGUGACAUCACCAUUGUUGGUGUUGGGGGGUAUCGCCGGAAAAAACAGCAAGGCGGAGUUCCAAGCACCUUGCCGGACCACCAAAUAUCCGAGAGAGAUUCCGCCACUGCCAUGGUAUCGUGGCAGCCUCCCGCAAAUGGCAAUGGCCGGAUUUCUUCCAUUCAGUGCCAUUUAUAUUGAGCUUUAUUACAUUUUUGCCAGUGUUUGGGGUCAUAGAAUUUACACAAUUUACAGUAUUUUGUUUAUUGUGUUUAUCAUUCUCGUGAUUGUCACCGCGUUUAUCACCAUCGCGCUCACAUAUUUUCAACUGGCGGCCGAGGAUCAUGAAUGGUGGUGGAGGUCUUUUGUUUGUGGUGGAUCAACGGGGCUUUUUAUCUACGGGUAUUGCUUGUAUUACUACUACGGGCGUUCUGAUAUGACCGGGUUCAUGCAAACAUCGUUUUUCUUUGGGUACAUGGCAUGCAUUUGCUACGGGUUCUUUUUGAUGCUUGGGAUGAUAGGUUUUCGUGCUUCACUCUUCUUUGUUCGACAUAUAUACCGUUCCAUUAAGUGUGAGUAAGAAAAGUAAAAAAAAUAUGUUAAAAUUUGUAAGGAUACAAAAGCUUAUGUUGUAGGAGAGCGUUGUAUGGAGUUCAAUUUUUCCUAUAUUUCUAAUGAUGAAAAGGCGACAUGUUUGACAA